AUGCACGGUAAAAAAAGGAACGAUUUUUACAAAACAUCUGACGAGCGGGAACAUUUCAAGAAAAAACUUGAAGCUGGCUAUAAGUUACUUGAUUCAUUUGUUGAUCAUAUAUCCACAGUUGAUAGUUAUGAUUUUAUACAUGAAUGCCGAGAUGACUCUCGAACCCCUGAUGAUCAUAAAAUGUUUGAAUUGUCAUUAGGAAUAAUAGAGUUCAUGCCAGAGUUUCCUCCAUCAUGGGAUUAUCGCAAAAAAUAUAUCCUCAAAAUGCUCAGUGAAAAUGCCACAAAAUCACUAGUACAUUUACUUGAUGAAAGAGAAUAUAAUCAAACAAUUUUAAAGAAGACGCCAAAAUCUUAUGCUUUAUGGCAUCACAGAUUGUGGAUAAUUACACUUUUAUUUAGUAUCAGAACUAACGAUCUAUAUGAUAUCUUGAUGGAAGAAAUAACAUUAUGUUUUAAGCUAUUUAAAUUUGAUGGGCGGAAUUUUCAUUGUUGGAGCUAUUUCAACUUUAUAUUUCAUUAUCUAAUGAAAUUAGAUGUUUCUAAAACGUGUAAAAAUGACAUACAAUUAAUGGUAUCCAAGAAUUUGGCCGAUUUGAUAAAUUCUAAUUUUUCUAAUUAUUCAGCAUGGUAUCACAAUUCCAACUUAAGUAUUUCUUUGGAGUCACCACAUAACCAUUUGGAACUUAUAACGCAGGCUAUCUAUACAGAUCCACACGAUCAGUGUCUCUGGAAUUAUUACCAUUGGCUAUUAUUUGAGCGGGGUUCUUUAAAAUAUUAG